GGCUCGGCUCCUUAUCAUUUCAACUGUGACGUCACAAUUCACUUGUCAAUUGAGUGACAUUUAUCAGCUCCCUCGCAUCUGUUUGAUUUUUUUUACUUAUCUUUUACACUUUAUUUUAAGUCGUUAAUUGACGUAGUCAUUUGCUGAGCUUAAGCAUAAUUUUCCAGAAUGAAUUUCGCCGGAAAGGUCGUUCUUAUCACCGGGGCCAGUUCCGGGAUUGGAGCCGCAGCCGCUCUUCAUUUCGCCAAAUUAGGCGCAUCGCUGUCUCUAAGCGGACGCAAAUUAGAAAAUCUAAAUAAAGUCGCUGAAGAGUGCGGGUCAGCCGGACAGAAACCAAUUGUUGUUGUCGGCGAUGUAACCAACGAGAAGGAUAAUGAGAGGAUUCUCGGCGAAACAAUCUCCAAGUUCGGCAAAUUGGACGUGCUGGUGAACAAUGCUGGGAUCUUGGAAAGCGGAACCAUCGAAAACACUAGCAUGGAGCAGUUCGAUCGAGUGAUGAACACCAAUAUCCGGUCCAUCUAUCAUUUGACCAUGUUGGCCGUCCCCCACCUCAUCAAGACAAAAGGAGCCAUCGUGAAUGUGUCCAGCGUAAAUGGAAUUCGGUCCUUCCCAGGAGUUCUGGCUUACAACAUCUCAAAGGCUUCAGUCGACCAAUUCACGCGAUGUGUUGCUCUGGAGCUGGCUGCCAAGGGUGUUCGGUGCAACGCUGUGAAUCCCGGAGUGACCGUGACCAACCUUCACAAGCGCGGCGGAAUGGACGAGGAGACAUAUAAGAAAUUCUUAGAGCAUUCAAAGACGACCCACGCUUUAGGUCGACCAGGAACUGUUGAUGAACUGGCCAACGCAAUUACCUUCCUCGCCAGCGACAUGGCCAGCUUCAUCACAGGCGCCAGUCUUCCGGUCGACGGAGGCCGUCAUGCUAUGUGCCCACGUUAAACGGUAGCGGAAGAGAUGGAUUUGCUUUAUAAAAGCGAAACAUACUAUCAAUUUGCUCUGCCUAAUUUACAGCUAAGCUAAAAGAACUAUUGCAUUUAAUUGUGUGUAUUUUUUAAAAAGAUAAAAACAAAACUAUUUUGAAGCAUC